AUGGUACCGCCGGUGCAUCGCGGCCUCGUGGCAGGCGCUGCACUCGCGAUCUGGGCAACCGCAGUCGUCGCCACCCCUCAGGCUCUUUGGGUAAACGGCUCGGUGGUCGCGCCUUGCGACUCGCCCUUGUACUGCCAGGGUGAUGUUCUCAAGGCCAUCCAGCUUGCCCAUCCCUUUUCCGACUCCAAGACAUUCGUCGACAUGCCCACUAUCAAGCCUUUGGAUGAAGUUCUGGAGGCCUUCAAGCAACUCUCUCUGCCCCUCAGCAACAAUACUGAGCUGCAGAACUUCUUCCGCGAGAACUUUGCCCCCGCGGGUGGUGAGUUGGAAGAGGUUCCUAAGGAAGAAUUCGAGACCGACCCUGUCUUCUUGGAGAGAGUCGCGGACCCGGUCGUCAGGGAGUUCGUGAGCAAGGUUAUUGACAUUUGGCCCGACCUCACAAGACGAUAUGCAGGUGGUUCCAACAACUGCACAGGAUGCGCCAAUUCUUUCAUCCCCAUCAACCGCACCUUUGUGGUUGCCGGUGGCCGGUUCCGUGAGCCGUACUACUGGGAUUCCUACUGGAUUCUGGAAGGUCUCCUGCGCACCGGUGGUUCCUUUGUGGACAUCUCCAAGAACAUCAUCCUCAAUUUCCUCGACCUGGUGGACACUGUCGGUUUCGUUCCCAACGGUGCCAGGGCUUAUUAUCUGAACCGCAGUCAGCCACCUGUGCUCUCAUUGAUGGUCAAGGUGUACAUCGAGCACACCAAUGAUACAAGCAUUCUGGAGCGCGCAGUGCCACUUUUGAUCAAGGAGCACGAGUUCUGGGCCACUAACCGGACAGUUGAGGUUGAGAAGAAUGGCAAGAAGUACACUCUCAACAGAUACUUCGUCAACAACAACCAGCCCCGUCCCGAGUCCUACCGUGAGGACUACAUUACAGCCAACAACGAGAGCUACUAUGCCGAGACAGGUAUAAUAUAUCCUGUUAAAACGCCCCUCAACGAGACCGAGAAAGAAAAGGUCUACGCCAACCUCGCAAGCGGUGCGGAAUCUGGCUGGGACUACAGCUCUCGUUGGCUUCGCACGCCUCUCGACGCAGCCGAGGACAAGUACUUCCCUCUCCGUUCUCUCAACGUGCUUGAGACUAUUCCCGUCGAGUUGAACUCGAUUCUCUACCAGAACGAGGAGAUCAUCUCUUGCUUCCUCAAGCAGCAGGGCAACGAGACCGAAGCCGAGAAGUGGGCUGCCAAGGCGAAGACUAGAAGCCAGGCCAUGUACGACGUCAUGUGGAACUCAACCCUUUGGUCGUACUUUGACUACAAUCUCACAUCUGCCUCGCAAAACACCUUCAUUCCUGUCGAUGAGGAUGUCAGAACUAGGGAGACUGGCCCGGCACCUCCUGGACAGCAGGUUUCGUUCCAGAUUGGCCAACUGUUCCCGUUCUGGACAGGCGCGGCCCCCAACCACCUCAAGAACAACCCCUUGGCGGUUCAAAGGGCCUAUGCGAGAGUUGCGGCGAUGCUCGAGGAGAAGGCCGGCGGGAUCCCUUCCACAAACUAUUUUACUGGACAGCAGUGGGACGAACCUAAUGUCUGGCCUCCCUUGAUGCACGUCUUGAUGGAGGGCCUUCUCAAGACACCACCUACCUUUGGCGAGGAUGACUCCUCGUACCAGGCCGUUCAGGACCUGAGCUUGAAGCUCGCGCAACGCUACAUCGACUCCACUUUUUGCACCUGGUAUGCCACCGGUGGCUCAACCUUCGAGACGCCCAAGCUUCAAGGCCUAGCCCCAGAAGCGAAGGGAACCAUGUUUGAGAAGUACAGCGACAACGCCACGAAUGUGGCUGGUGGGGGUGGCGAAUAUGAGGUUGUCGAAGGGUUCGGCUGGACCAACGGCGUAGCUAUCUGGGCAGCUGAUACUUUUGGCGACAAGCUCAAGAGGCCAGACUGCGGUGAUAUUGAGGCAGCUAACAUCCAUGCUAGGAGAGGCGGCGGUCUUCUGCCUCCAGGAUUCACCAAGCCUGACAAGAGAGCCGACAAGAAGGAGGAUCAGCUCGAGAAGAGAGGCAGGUUCGCCGUCGAACUUGACUCGUGGGAUGCCCAGUGGGUGAAGAAGUUUGGAGGCAACAAGGGCCAGAGAAAGUAG